AUGGAAGCUAUUUCCAUAGCCACCAGUGUUACCGGUUCCCCGUGUUUCGAGGUUCUCACUGCCUACCGACCCCCUAGGAGAGACCAAUUCGCCGACACUCACCAUUUGGAGCAGUUGGAGAGAUUUUCCAGUCGACCUAAUAUCGUGAUCAUGAGCGACUUCAACGCACCAGGAAUGAACUGGAACACUCUCCAAGCGUCGGGCCCAAAGUCGACAUUCGGCACCGUUUGCUGGACAAAACACGAAAAGCGCGCCUCACGCAACAUGGUAUGUCUCCAACGAGAACACUUGAAGAACAAAGGAAUAACUCUCUGGAUUAAGUUUGAAGGAAUGCGCCAGACAGCAUAGACGAGGUCGUCUCCAUGCCACUCCUUGGCCGAAGUGACCAUGUAGUGCUUAUGUGGAAUUACUCGUUAUACUCCUUUUUGAAUACUCCAGACCAGAACAGACGCAACAUCUGGCGGCUCGAAUUCAAGGAGCUGAGGACAGACUUAUCCGGUCUCGGCUGGAGCUCAAUGUUUACGUGUAAUGCCAACGAGGACUGGGAGUUGUUCAAGAAUGUCAUUAUGUGGCCCAUCAACAACCACUGCCCACUUUCGCGGGUAAUACAGAACAAGCGGCCUGUGUGGCUAAAUAGCAGUCUAAAGGCAGAAAUUAACAGAAAGCAUAAAUUGUGGAGAAAAUACUGCGUCACUGGACAAUUUGAGUAUUUCAACACGUAAAAGACACAAGGAAACAAACUAAGAAGCAUGCUUAUAUAGACGCGCUGGCAAUUUGAGAGGAAUUUGCUACAAAAAGCACAAGGAAACCCAAAAUUACUCUACAGCUACCUCAGAAGCAGUUAAAGUAACGCAUACCAAGUCCUCUUAAUAAGGACUACCGAUAGCAUAGAGAUUGUUGAUAGCAGGAAUAAAGCUACGCAUUUUUCACAAUUUUUCUAAUCAGUUUAUACAAACAAGGCAAGGUUCCUUCCUCCCUCCACAGAAUAACUACCGACUCCAAGCAUAAGUAAUAUGCUCUUCCCAGAAGGUGUUGUCCGAAGAGAAUUAGAGGCAUUGAAGGAGGCAAAGUCUCUAGGACCAGAUUCAAGUGUCUCAAAGAACUUGCCAGUGAGCUUUCUGCGCUCUUGUCGAUGCAUUUUCACACGUCAUCUGACAGUGGAACACUUCUUAUCAAUUGGAAGCUGGCUACAGAAAGGACUAAGUAUGUCAUCUACGACAAAUUACAGGCCCAUAAGCUUGAGAUGCAUUCUCUGUGCCAUACCAGAGCUGAAAAAAUAUGGGUCAGAAGCAACUUCCUCAAAAGGAUCGGAAACUUCCUCAUGGGUCGACGGUAGGUUGUGUACAUCGGGCAAGGGGAAUCAGAUCCUGCUGUGGUCGAGAAAGGUAUUUCCAGGGCCCAGUACUGGGACCCAUUUUGUUCAUUCUGUUCGUGAACGACUGCACAAGAGCUUUGGACUGCAAAUCAGCAAUGCUUGCAGACGACAUUAAGAUAUGGAGCGUUAUAAGGGGCCUUGCCGACGAAGACAUACUGUGUACGAAGCUAAAUCGGUUGGAAGAGUGGUCAAACCAUUGGCUCCUGAGGUUCAACUUUGUUAAGUGUGCUAUGGUUUGUCUAGGCAUCCCAGCCAGAUAAGCCAGCACGAGAGACCAUUUACUGUGCGGCGCAGCCUUAAGAGAGGUCGAAGUCCAAAAGGAACUCGGUGUGAUGAGGACAACUCCCUAAAACCAUAUGCUCAUUGUUCGACAGUGGCAGAAAGCGCAAUUUCCGUACUGUACGCUAUCAAGCGGGCGUUUAUGGAUUUUGACGAAGACGCCUUUUCUAAGGCUUCCAGAACGUUCUUACGGCCACACUUUGAAUACGCCAUAAGAACCUGGAGACCGUGGGCAGUUGAAGAUCAAAGUUGCCUCGAAAAAGUUCACAGGAGAGCCACGAAGAUGGUCGAGGGUAAAUUCAAUAAUUCAGUAUACUGAAAAAGCUUUAAUAAGAACCAUGGCUUAUUUAUAUUCCGAAAUUAUCAAGAUCGAUGAGAGAUCGAGCUCAUCCCCUGAGACUCACUCCCAUUUUGUCAUAUCAGUAUGGGCUCGUUUGAAUUACUCCUGCCCAGAUAAAUUCUCUGUACACCGCAGCCAGUUUUACGUUGCAGAUAGGGUACUUAGGGGCUCUUACCUUUUUCCCUCAAUAAACUGAACAGAACUGAUCGAUAUUACAGACUCUGGCGGAAACAGAUGGAACUUUAGAGAAAUUGGACAGAUUCUCUACAUUAUUCACUUUUCGGUAGUAGAAUAAGCAGUUACGUGUAGAGGCGGUCAGUGAGCAGUGAAAAACUCCUCAUGAAAAAAACUAAAUGAGUAUGAAUUAGUAAACUGUUAUGGAGAAAAAACUGUCGCUCAUUAAAGGGAAAAUCUGCGGGCCGAGCAAGACAUGUCCUGCAUAUGGUAUUUUAUAGGGGAUUCAAAACGUUAAUCGUCAAGGCACAACUUCCUGAACCGAAUGAGGUUAUCCGCCUCAAAGUUGCCAGACAGAGGGACCUAGCCGCUAUCGGACACGGUCCGCUGAGAGUCUAACCGAAGAUGGCGCACCAAGCGCUAUGGCGAUCAUCAGAGUGUAGAGCGGAAAACGCGACCUGAGACCUCUUCGCUGCACGACCAAAUGACUAGCAAAGGGUGAAAACAGGGGAUUCACGCCGUGAUCGUCAACAGACCACUUGGGGUCGAAAUGAGGAGUUGACAUCAAGAUCUGCGGGGUGAGGGUUCGAAAUCACGGGGCCAGAGUGGAAUUCUGAUGAGUGUCGGCGAUCAGGGAAACUGAGGCGGCUUAGUGCAUGCACGUCAACCUAGCCACACUAUUUAUUUGAAAGCAUUUGUGAGGAAGGAUAUCGCAUUCUGUGGGAGACAUGGUGCAUGAAAUGAAAAAUCGAAAAAACUAAAACUUCUGAUGAGGGAUCCUAGAAACCGAAACAACACACAAUAGACGGAAGUGUGAGCGUGAGCGGAAAUUUAAUGGGGGCGUCCUAAAUGCCCGUGAACAGAUCCCGGCCUAGACAGGCAGGGGUAAAAGUAGAUCGAUUAGGAGAAAUAGAAGAUCGUAAUCGGACAGAUAACCCUAUAAUAUUAGGUGGAGUGCAACGAUGAAGUGUAGUGUAAACAAUAAUUACAACUACAAGGAAUAAUAAAUACUUAGCUCUAAGUGGUGGAUGCUGCGUUUCUUACAAGAAAAAUAACGAUGGCGAAAAGAGGAUAACAAAAACGACAAAAGGUAAAUAAUUGUACAGACUUACGAAAAAUAAAGCCUUCUCCAGAAUCGUUGGCCGUAGGCUGAAUGUUCUGGGCGAAAUCCCGGGACGAAGUCAGUUAAUGAGGCUUGCCACUCAGGUAAGUUUACGUCCAGUUAAAUAUGGCCGAAAGAUAUGAACAUUUCGUGUCGAUUAACUAAAAGGGAUUGAGGCGAAUGAGUGCAAUCAACGAAACAAUGACACCAAGCAGCGGACGGACACAAGGGUCACGCUUUUUCUCAAGCCGAAGUCAAGUGUGUGCAUUUUAGUUAAUUUGCACAACCGCACAGAAAUGUUAAGGCGUACAAGAAGGUUUAGAGUAAAAAAUCGAAAAUGAGCGUAAACCUGCAGCGGUCAAACUUGGUCACGAUCACAAAUAAACCUUUUACCUGCAUGUUACAAAGAAAAAAAAGGUGCUAACUAAUUUAGACUUAGCUAGUAAUAUUCCGACGGGUUUGUAACUGAAGGAAACCGGAAAUUUCCUAUCCGGACUGCUACAAAAGACAAGAGUACCCCAAAACAGAGACUUAGGAAUAAUCGUAGUAGUAAUUGAAGCUCUCGUGAAAAUGUUCGACCAAUCGCUUGAUAGGGGUCGUAAACAUUCCGCAAAUUGCUACCGUCAGUCACUCGCAUUUCAGGUCUGUCUGUAUGAUGUCUUUGGGGUUCCCCGUCAUUUACCGUUAAUUAAAGAUGGUUCGAAACCUUGCCUACACAAUCCGUCAGGCGUAUAUGAUGUCUGCACUAUUAUAAGAUUACCCUGUUAGGCCACUGAACUUUAUUUCCCGUUUUUGACGCAAAGAAGAUUCCUGCCCAAGUAGGUAGAUCCGCAGACGCUCUCACGACAUUUUUCUGCUGUGCACUGGCACGGCUUUUUUCAAUUACUACAUUCAACUGUAUGUGGCACCUGAAUUACGCAAACCUAUAGGUACGUCUUCGCAACCGGACAAUUUGGUAGUUUCUUCGGCUGUAUUCGUUGCCAGUUUUCUGCAGGCCAUUUCUAAAUCUACUAAAUUGUCUAAACAAAAUUUUGGAGCACUUCUUCUAAGACGCCAAGUUCGUUCGAUGAAGCUACUCUCGAAACCCCUUUGUUACAGAGCUUACAUUGCUGUACGUGUUAAUCGUUCCAGAGGCGCACUAUGCAGUCGUGUACAUCGCUUAAACGAUGCAGUUGACCAAUAAGAAAGCAUAAAAAGUAUUGACGAUAACCAACGGCCCGUCUUGAUGACCCACAUCACUGCUUUAGACCAGCAGUUCAGCUCAAUUUGUAGGUAUCAACGGUGAUACGAAAGGGAUUCAUUAGCCACGGAUUGUUGGUUUCCAUAACGGUCGUAUCCGCCAUGACGUUUCAGCAGCCUCUUAUACCUUUAGCCGUCCCUGGUAAGGAGUCAUGGGUCGCACUGAACUUCCGGCGAAAAAUAGUACGUUUCUUUCCUUUUUGUUAUCUCGUCAAGGAUAUCCUCAGUCAUAGUUGCUUUAUGGUUUCAGUCGGCCAAACUGUUGAACCAUUUUGUACGUAUACACAUGUAAAGGAGUAGAACUUUCCGAGAUAUCGUACUCACAUAAGGUGUUGCUAGAGACCGAAAUUCGCAGGGGACUUCAGAAGCGAGCUAACUCAGCAGUCUGCUCGCAGUGAGCAGCGAGGUACCCGGUGUGUAAUAUUAUCCUUACCGUGAAACGUGAUUGUCCGAUUGGCUAACUAUUCUGCCUAUAUGCUGUCUAGUUUGAAGUCGCACUGGCGCCAUAAAUGUUUCCCUUACAUCAUCUCAAACCACCUCAGGCAAGAUGCCGUUCACUUAACCAUAAACGCAAUCCACCUACUGCACGCCUCUUACUCUGGCUGAGAUAGGUGUCCGCGUGUUGUGCAUAUCGGAAAAAAUAAAAUUUUCCAGGACGCAACCCCACCUGCGCCCGAUCAGGGCUCUUUGAUGACCUCGAGGUGUCUAGGUAAAAACUUGGUCGGACGCUGUGAACGAACCUUGAAUUAUUUUAUCUGGUUCCCAUGUCUGUCGUUCCUGAGUCUGCUGCCGACUGCUUGAAGUGCAGGCGGUCUUUUGCUAUACAGUUAACCUGCAGCACGUAGUUGGUCUCAUAAGCUAGGACCAACACUGCUACAAGCACAAGAAGUAAACAGGUGCACCAUACUUCCGGAAUUCUUUGAUCUGACUUGGCGAUUUCACCGAGACUAAUGACGGGAGCUUAUCCCAGUGUCAUAAGAUGGUAUUCGCCAUUGACUCCAAACCCACGCAAGAAGUCUGGAAUGUUUUGUCUCUUCUUCCUUCCAACGAGUUUUCCUUUUGCUUGAAGACAGAAAAUUUAAUCCCUAAUUUCUAAUGAUUUAUCAGAGAUCAACUUCCUUUCAGGUAGCCGGAAAUGAUCGUACCUAUAUUCCAUCUUUCCCAGUCAGACGAUUGCUUAUUGGUCAAACUACACAUACCUCUUGGAGACCUUGGAAACUCCGAACUCUUGGUUGAAGAUGGAAUUUUAUACUUCAGUGCGCCACCCUAUUAUCUGAGGUACUCUAACCAGUCACCAUGUUCAUUUCCUGCAGGCUUGAACUGCCCGGUGAUGUGCUUGAAGCAGAGGAUCACAUUAAGCUUGAGCUGGAGAAAGGCGAUUUGCUCGUGACUCUGACGAAAGCUACACCCGGCGACUUUUUCAGGGACUUGGAUCUACUGUCCAAAUUUAUCAUCAAACCCACAAAAACCGAUCAAUCGCCCUUGAAAUGCGGUAUAAAAAUGCUGGACACUUCCGUUGAGAAGGAGCCAGAGGAUCACAAAUAUGAGUGGUUCAACCGCCUCGAGAAAUCUGAAGACGAAGAAUCAUCGUUUAUUCAACUGGUGUCGUAUUCCUAUGGUUUUGCUAAUUCAAAACAGGGAUUGUUUACUUCCAAGGUAGUUUAUAUUUUUCGUGCCCGCUACCGCACUACCUAAAUUCACUGUCUAAUGCGCCAAGGCUGUGGUCGACAAAACUUGUUCGCAAGGCCGAUGUGGCUAGCUGUCCCAAGGUUAUUCACUUAGUGUAGUUAGCUUUUCAGCGCCUUCCCUAUAUUUUGCAAAGACCGGUCACUGAAACCGACAACGAUAAUAAUAGCCAAUGAAAUACAUAGGAGUGAUUAGUUGGAUUGGACAAAUGUUAGCGAGGCACUGAUUUCACUACUGCUCGUAGAGGUUCGUAUCUCCCGAGGAUUCGAUGAACACUCGGCCUCAUCCCUGAUGAACAGUGCCGUCCGAUAGCCAAGCCCAGGCGGAGUUCGACUCCUUCUUUUACGCAACAUUGGCGGGUUGCGUAUUUUAGAGUUUACUUACUUUAAAAAAGUGGGAUGAAUGGCCAACUGCCUAAAAAUGAUCUCAGACGGACCGUCACUACGGAAGCCAGGGAAAACCGCAGUAUGCAUCCCCUCUAUUUUGAGGCCGCGUGAAUCAUAACACUGUGUUCGGACAUUUUCAUAAGGUUUCUAUAGGCAUUUUGAGUUCGGGCAGAUUCCCAAAGGCCGCUCGGAUUUUUUGUUCGGUUUUGUAUUCUCUAGCGCUUUGACUCAAGAACCUACCCACAAGGCAGCGUUGGAAAGCAAACUUAUUUAAUGAUUAUUCACAAUUGCCAUGUCACAGUAAUGUCAUCGAGCUUUGUGGUAUUUUAUAGAGCGGCGAGCGGGUCAGACCUCAGCCCGCCGCGCUCUGUUAGCAUUGUCGAAGCUGGUCCGCGACCGUUUAUUCGCCAGACCCGAGAGUGCUUAUUCCGCAGCUAAACUUCGCUGAAGGCCGUUCCACUAUCCUCCACCUAUGUUCGCGCCAGGUAGCCAGCGGCUAGGUCAACGGUCAACUUGUCGCACCACUACUGCGCGAGUUCUCGUCCAUGACAAUCUCUUGCAACCGUUUGAUAUCCGAUCUGGUGUUCGACAAGGUUGCAUCUGUCUCCCGUCCUUUCCAACCACGCCAUUGACUCGAUCUUCGGAAGGGCCCCACACGGUUUUGAAGAUGUGGAAGUCGCACCCGAACGCCGGGUAACUGAUCUAGACUAUGCUGACGAUAUCGCCUUGCUAGCCUCAUGCUUUUAUGAUCUACAGUCUGUGGUGUCAACGGUGAAGUCAUUACAUCGGUCGAUUUAUCCAUAAACGGUGGGAAGACUAAAUCGUUUCCGAGCUGAAUCCAUGACCAGAAGGCACCUCUCGGGAUUAAUGGUUGUCGACUUAAAGUAGACAGUUUUAAAUACCUCGAGGCGAGGUUGCUGCUCAAUAGAUGGAGUAAAGACGACAUUGUCUCUCGAAUCGAUGCCGCAUUCAGGGUUUCCUCAAUCCUUAGAAAGUGCCUAUGCACUUGACGCGGCAUCUCCAUCGCCACUAUGACCGGCUUGUAUCGUGCAUCCCUCCAGCCGGUUCUCCACAGCUGCGAAUGCUAGGUUUUGCGCGUGGUAGACAAGCGAAGACCCGAAGUAUUUGAUCACCGCUGCCUAAGGACUGUCCGUUGAGUGAAGUACAUCGAUCUCAUCUCUAAGGAGGCACUCCGUACUCGCUGUGAAGAUAUCGCAAGGAUAUAUCAGGCCAUCCAAGAAGGGCGACUGAGGUGGUUUGAACACGUUCUCCGUCGUCCGCCUCAUGAUCUCAAUUAUACUGCCCUCGAUCUGGUUCUUUUGCUUUUCCGGGGUCAGCUCAAGACCUGGCUCGAAACAGUCUGUCAAGAAAGGAAGUGGUUCAUGGACCUUCGGUAUCUGAUCUCCGUCAGAGGAGAAGAGAGUGAAUCGAAAUGUCCAGAUCCGCUGCCGAAAAUCGUCACGCGUGGAGGGAUGCAGUACGUGGCACCAUCGAGGCCUGCUAGAUCAGGCGUGAUCACAACCGCGCCAAGUACAAGCGUGGAUGCAUUCAGGUUGGGGGAGGGGAGAGUGUGUUCGUUUCCGUCUCCACGUUCAUCCGAAUCAUUAUAGCCGCAUCUUCGUUUGGUGCUAAAAUCCCCUUAGGCAACGCGUAGAGCACUUUACUGACGCUUACUUUUCUCUUAUCUCCGUGGUUCAGUUUUUUCUUAUUUGGAUUUUACUUCCUCCGUUAAAGAAUUUCCCCUACGAUAGUUCGACCGUCGUUGCCGAAGGUGUCGACCGUGUGCUCCACAACAAGGUGAAGAAGGCACAGUUUAUAGUGAGUGUGGGCUUGCGCUGCAUCUACUGCACUCUUUCCUCCUCCACCUGGACUCCGUGUAAAGACAUAGUCAAGAAGACCGGAGGUGGGGGAGGACGCAGGUGGAUGGCACGAUCGGACCCGCAUUUUGGCGCUCCACUCCACACUCCUGGUCCACACAGCAAAUGACCAGGAUUCUAACCAACAACAACAGAGGGGGCUGGCGCGGCUGAUGCCGCACCUGACCCGGAUCCCACGGAAUGGGAAUGCCAUAGAGGACACAUUAAGAAGGAGCCAUUGCGGCCUGACUUCUAGACCACCAGUCGGUCGCUUUACAACACACAACACUCGGUAGACUGCGAGGUCCAAGUUAUCCCGUCAGUUUGCAACCUUCCCAGUCACGGCUUUCAGCGCACUGUGAUAGCUUCAAGCACGUCAGAUUGUUUAUAGUGAGGAAAAUGUGCUGGGUCGUCGACAUCACUCUCCCAUCCCAUUGUCAGGCCCCAGCCACUGUCCGAGCCGGUAAGUUGACAGUGGCCGGAAAUGGGCGCGGUGGCUGACAUCUAGUGACCUUGUCUGCGCGCGCCGCAUGCACGACCUAUCCAUCCAAACACAAGCACCAGGAUUUCACACAACAGGAGUUGAAUGGCGUACAUCUAACAUGCGUGAGAGUGCCGUAGGUCACGUAAGGAAGGAGUCGUGUCAACCUGACUCAGCUUACCAGUCUGCCAUUCCAGGCAAACACUCGCAAAACUUGGCAAACUGCGUGUACUGAGUUGGGGCGUCAGUCAGCGGCCCCAACUCACCGUCGCAUUCUCAGACUCGGAUCACACAUGCAGCAGAGGAGCCGCAUGGAGACAUAGCCAAGACCUACACUUCCCACUUGCGUAGGUGGUGGUUGGAUGCUUGUAGUGGGUGAUGCUGUGUGAUGAAAAUGGGGAAGAUGUGACGAUGUGGCGUAGCCGACGGUUGUCUACUGCAGGUUUUCGUGAAUGCGCAUGUGGCCUCGCAAGCCCAUGCAGUGCGUGAACGUGCGGGUGUAGUGAGGGCAGUUGAAGCGGACGCGGCGAGUGUAGGUUGGUACCCCAGGCACUGGUUCGCCAGUCUCUGUGCGACGAAUUCGCAAGCGACCGACCGGGUCGAUGUGUGAGGUGAGGGUGCAGUCGAAAUGAGGACAGGCAUGGAUCGAGUCCACAUCGCUGGCGUUGGUGGUAGAGUUUGUUGUUUGUUGGUGUGUUAAGAUCGUGCGCAAUGGUGGUGGGUGCAGGAGCCGUCGUAGCGGACGUUUAGGCAACGGAGGAGGAGGGGGAUGCUGGUGGGGAUUCGUGAGUGCAGUCAGUGCUAGUUGCCGGCGUUGAGGAUGAGGCAGAGUUAGAAGGGGAGACAGCGGCUGGUGUAUUCCGGGUGCUGCAGUUAGUACGAAGAUGUCCUAUAAGGCCGAGUGGUGCGCGGAACGUCCGCUGGCAGCGUGGGCAGGUCGGGGACGGUUUAACGUUGGCACUUCAGAGUGGGCGCAUUUGAGAUUUGCAGGCCUCGCGUUUGAUUUUGGGGACGGUGAUGCAUUUAGCUUCGUAGGUCGCUGCGCCUGUCUUCACUUGCCUCCUCUAGGUUGGUCGGUCUCGGGCGAUGUCUUCCCAACUGGACAGGUCGAUUGGCAGGCGCUUGAAGGAGGUCUUCAGAGUGUCCUUGCAGCGCCGGACUUGACCUCCCUGUCGACGGAACCCGUGGUGGCAUUUCCAUAGAAGAGUCGUUUGGGUAGCCGCUCGUCAUCCAUCCGCACGAGAUGGCCGCCUCACCGCCGUUGGAACCGUCUCAGCAUGGUGUAGAUGCUGAGGAUUCCCGCUAGCUCCGGUACAUCCGUGUCCGGGAUCUGGUCCUGCUACCCCAGCUUCAGUAUCCGUCGAAGACAGCUGAGCUGUAAGUGAUUGAGUCUCCGCGACUGCUCCUUGUAGGCCAUCCAGGCCCCUGCUCCAUACAGCAGCGUCUUCAGGAUGACCGCUUUGCACAUCUUCAGUUUGGUGUUGAGAUGUAGACCAUGACAGUUUCAGGCGGUUUUUCAGACGGUCGAAGUCUUGGCUGUAGGCGAUUCCGAAUCUUGGAGAUGAAGAGACGAUGGUCGGUCCACCCGUCGGCACCCGAGAUCGCCUUUUUCAUCAGCACGUCCCGCUGGCUUCGGCUCCGAAACUAGGCGCGUACCUGCCUGUUUGGUCUCAACAAGCUAAUAUUUUUAUUGGUAGUGAUCUCUAACUGUUCUUCGCGAUCUUCGUGCACUUAUCAUUCAGCGCGAUUUAUCCGGAAUCAUAUUGACCAGCCUCUGAAUCCGACACUCGUCAACGACGUUUCCGGGGGAAUCGAUGACCUUUGCUGUUCAAGGGACGUUAUAUUAUAGAAGAUAAGGGUGGCCCACGCCGAAGAAUGAAGAUUUUCAGUUGGUUAUCCUUCGUCAUAUAUGGCAGCAUCAAUUGGAUGUUGGCUUCAGCUACAACGCCUCAGUGCCGGUCAGUCAUCUGACUGUUUUGGGCACGGUCUAACAUAAAACAGAGUUCUGUUGUCCAAUUUUUUGUACCAACUAAGUGUACGCGGAAUAGGUGGAACCGGUUAUUUUACUCUUGCGUAAUCUGCUUUUAGGAAGAGCUGAGUCUACCGAUCGAUCUUCCGGACCCUGACCACUGUCCUCCUAGCAAAAGACGCACACUCCAACUGAGGUCCGUCCAGGAUCACUUUAGCCCAGAACACUACAUGUAAGCAAAUUACAUGGCGACAGCACUUCUAUAAUAUCACCGAUGUUGUGACUGGUUCUUAAAGACAGUGACAUGCUAUUUUUGUCGUAAGCUGGAAUAUCAGUUGACCCGCAUAAGCUAAGCUGUGACCCGGCGUGGGUAAGUUGGAAUCUGUAAAAGGUCGCUCUAGUGAAUUUACUAGUGUUAUGCUCUACCUUCUGUCGUCGAAGGCUGUAAAUACAAAAACCGAUGCCUUUCCGGUCUCUUCAUUGCAAUCAUAAUUCUAGUCCUUCCGUAUUUUGGUCUUGCCGACCAUGGAGAUCUUGUCUAGCAGAGCCAUGAGUUCGUAGGGUGUACUAAACGUCAGUAAAUUCUGACUUAUAGUCUAGUGACCAUGUCUAUUUCCAGGAGUCUGAGUGGUCAAGACCACCCUGUAGAGCGAACAAGACUGGACAUGGUGCUGCUCAAUGGCCAAGUUUGGGGCCAAUUGUCGAAAAUUGAUCCAUUUACUUUGUCCUUCGAACAUCAUCAGGUUCUCAUCGUUUAUCGGUCUCCGUGGGUGGGCCCCCUGAUUCUUACUCGUGAGGCAAAUCUUCUCUAAUCAUCAUCGGUGCAUUCUUUGUAAAUUGACUUUCAGUGCUGACUUUUGUGAGCCCGAGGCCGCGGCAGCAGCUCUGUCUGAAGUUGUUCCCUGGAUGUGUCAGCAAAAGUGUGAAACGGAUGAGCAAACAGAGGGAGCACCGCGACCGCCUCUCACAGACGAUCACAGGCAUCGACUGAUCGUUCUUGCUGAUCAUCGCCUUCCCUUGCUUCCACCAGUGACAAGUUGCCAGGCGGGUGAACUGGAUCGCACCUACCUGUACUUGGGCCUACUUGAUCUCUUGUUGGCUUUCACGCACGACUUUUGCGUUCGUGAGGGUGAUGGGAACUCAGAGUCGGCCUGGGUCAUCGUGAAACUUGCCUCCACUCUUUCCUGGCUGGAGGUCCGUUCAGUUAGCAUUUUGGAACAAGCUCGUCUUCCUAUUGUCCUUACUUGUUUUGUCAUUUUCUGGUUCUCCACACGCCCUCCCCGUCACUCCCAUAACCUGUUGUCUCUCUAAAAUUACACGCUCCGUCAGUGCAGCCCUGAAUUUAGAGGUUCAUGUGAGUAGGGUAGACUGAAUCAACGUUUCUCUCUUACGCACACAGGAUAUUUUAAAAUUCUGGAAAAGUGCUUUCAUGUCGUCCUAGGUCUUUACGGACUUGCCGACGUUAAUCCAGACCUUCUACGCUCGGGCUCUGAGCUUUCCCCUCGUGAGAAACUGGAGUUUAUGUCGAAAAGUUCAGUCCUGUGUGGCCAGCCUUCUGCAAAGCCCCGAGGGUAUGUCUUUCUCGGUCUGGCAUCUUUAAUAGUUGCAGUGUGUUAUUUUGCGUGGUUGGAUAUCAAGAUCGCGCAGGCGCUGGUGUUGCUCUUACUCCUUUUCACAUAAUCUUGAAAACGCAGUCUUGUAUUCCCUAUUCAUCUCUCAAUCUGCGCCCCCGUUUUCACCUUUCGCAAAUCUCGCCGUAAAACGAUCGCCUAGUAUGUUGCUUAAUCUCGUUCACCCAACAAAUCAACUAAACUUACAAAAAUCCAGACCACCUUGUUGUUUUUUGAUGUUUGUUCAUAGCGUCCUACGGGGACGUAGCUUAAGGUGCCGUCUUUAAUGUCAGCAAAUUGGAACCAUUUCUAUUUUAGUGAAGUCCUGGUGCCUUUACAUCUUGCUGGAGAUACGACACAUGCUUGUGGAAUAUCCGGGCUACUAUAUUUUCAUCGAUCUUUUCCUUGACGACUACAUUGUUUGGCUGCAGACUGCCGCCAGGUGAGUUUUACCGCCUUAUCCUUUGGACUUCCUCAUGCUCCGCAAUUUGGUCAUUUUGCGCCCCCAAAUGAAAUUGCUACCGCCAACUCUUGGGGUCAAGCUGAGAAUCCGUCGAAAGCCUACGUGGCCGUCAAGUUUUGACAUGUGAGCUCUCAGUAGUUUCGCCUACCUCCUGGCAUCUAAGUCAAGUUUCUCUCGAGCUCGCGCCUGUGCCAUGCAUUACAUAGCUUUAAGACCUAAACAAACCAUGAAAAACGGGGGGCCAAGUGGACGGAACACGUUUGAGUGGGCAGACACCAACUCUGCUCAAAUGGCACCAAAAGUCGAGGUAGUCUCUCAGUUCUGCUUAACACACCCGCCUAUUCUCCCGCCAUAAUAAGUCGACAACUAAUCAAACUUGAGACCCGAUGGUUUGGAAUUCCUUAAAACACUCACUUAGACUAGGUUUACUUACGCGUGGUUGGUUAAGCCAGCAUCCUUAUCAGCCUCCUGUCAUAAGUUUUAGCAAGAAUAAACUCUGCCCAAUCUGCUCUGCCAUGUACCGAAUUCUCCGAAUCCUCCAAAAAACCUCGCCUUUGACAUGUCUAAGUUCUACACUCUUUUCUCUUUGCGUCUAGUUUGACCGUCCUCAGAGACCUCGGAGAACAUUUAGCAGCGGUAAGCGUAACUUCUACCUUUAUGUCUUCGCAAACUGUCCGAGGCAAGAUGAUCCCUAUUCUGAUUUUGUUUCCAUUGACCGACUGUCUGAAACCAUGCGACGGCUUAGGUUACCUGGCUGAGACUCCACUUGGGUUCUGGGUUCGCCAUCUCAGAAUUCCUUAACCGAAACCUUCCCCUGAUUUGACCGCGCGCGCUCCGAACUCAGGCUAAUAGAGCGUAGGACCAUUUCAUAUGCGGUACCGACUACAUGACAGGCAUUUUAGCUAGCGGCUCUCUCAGCGAGCAAACCCCAUGUUCUAUUGAAGUAACUGCGUACCCAAUUUUGUCGUAGAAUCCCUACUUUUAUACGAAAUAGUUGAUUUGUGAUCACCCCCUCUCUUGAGCCGUCGUCACUUCCUCUCGCGCUACUCACUGUCAUCAAGAUUAGACCUAGCCAUGUGCGAUUUGAAUUAUUCAGCAGCAUGCCUAAAUACAUUUCCUUCUUUAGUAUAAAAUGAAGAAGGGAUACGUGGAUCUACCCCUGCGUGAACUGGAGAGGCUGUCCGCAGACAUCAUUGAAAGCGAAAGGUUGGCCAGUGAACUGGGCGCCGUCACUUUGGCCCCCUGA